GGGGGCCAUGGCCGCGCGAUCCCAACUUUAAACACUUCUCGCCGGACCGGAGCGGAGGCGCAAACCCCGGAAAGUACCACCUGUUUCCUCUCACCUGCUUUUCCAGGUAACACUUGUCCCUUGAAACCUGCCCCAGAGAUGCCCACGAUCUCUCAGACCAUAUGAAGCACGUCCUUUCUCUUAUCCCCACUGUACGGAGAAGGAAACUGAGCCCAGGGAAAUGGAGUUAUUUCUUGGCGGUCUCAGAAACUGGGCGAUCUCGGAGGCCAUCUGACUACAGUCAUCCAGGUGUCCUUAGCUCCACACCUGGCUAUCAGGGCUGGCUCCACCAUGGACUGUAGCUGCGUCUCCGACCUUCUCUUCGCCCCGCCCGCCCUGCCGGCUCUCUGGACCCCCGGGUUUGCCUUCCCGGAUUGGGCCUACAAGCCGGAGUCGUCCCCUGGCUCGAGGCAGAUCCAGCUGUGGCACUUUAUCCUGGAGCUGCUGCAGAAGGAGGAGUACCAGGGGGUCAUCGCCUGGCAGGGGGACUAUGGGGAAUUCGUCAUCAAGGACCCCGAUGAAGUGGCUCGGCUCUGGGGCAUCCGCAAGUGCAAGCCCCACAUGAAUUAUGACAAGCUGAGCCGGGCCCUGCGUUACUACUACAACAAGCGGAUUCUUCAUAAGACCAAAGGGAAGAGGUUCACCUACAAGUUCAACUUCAGCAAAGUCGUGCUUGUCAAUUACCCACUGUUGGAUGUGGCAGCAGCCACCACGGGCUCCCCACUCUUGCUGACCCCUGGUCCCUUUGGGGGGACCUCUGGGCCAGAUGCUCCUCCCCUUACUCCCGAGACCCUGCAGACCCUGUUCUCAGCCCCUCGCCUGGGAGAGCCAGGGGCCAGGGCGCCCCUGUUCACCCCUGAGACAGACAAGCUGCGUCUGGACAGCCCUUUCCCGUUCCUGGGCUCUGGUGCCACUGGCUAUUCCAAGCCCCCCGGCCUGCUGGGUCCUUACAGCCGCGCCUUCCCAGACUACCCCUGGAACUUUAACCCGUACCUCACCAGCCCCUUCCCCAAGCUGCCCCCCUCUCUGUACCCCCCCCACUUCUACCCCAACCCUCUGGCCAGUUCCCUGGGCCACCUGCCCUCGGCAGGGGCCGGGGGAGGCCCUACAGCUUCGCCCCUACUGGCUGCGGCGGGGGAGGGCCUGGGCCCCGAGCGCCCCUCGGGCCUGGCAGCAGCCCCUCGCCUGGCACUGCCGGGAGCCGGGGGUCCAGAGGCCGCGCUGGGCGGGAAGGACGACAGCGACUCGGAGCUGGAGAUCACGGACGUCAGCGGCUGCAGCUCUGACAGCGAGGGUGACGAGGGCCUCCCUGUGCCCCCCAAGGCCAAGGCGAGCAAAGGGGGGAUCGGCAGCUGAGCCCGUGGGGGGUGAAGGGUUCUGCCAGGGCGGGGAUCGGGGCAGACCCUCGCGCAGCAGCCUCUGCCAUCGCCUGGUCUGCCCUCGAUGUCCCGCCCCAGGCCGGGGACCAGCCCUCGACCCCUCCCAGGACCAGGCACGUGGCUGCCCACCUUCCUCCCGAACCCCAGGUUGGGGUCUCCCUUCCCCCUCCAGAGUGGGAGGGAAUGUGAUAGCCUCCUUCCCAGGCUCCAGUGUGAUGGGGGGGGGGUCCCCGCCUGGCCCGACUCCCAAAGUGCAAUAUGGCGCCCAGCCUCUCCUGUCCGCCCCCCCCGCACCCAUGACCUGCGUGUUUGUGCGGCUGUGUCUCCCCUCGUGCCGGUCCCAGUCCUGACACCCUCCCCACACAGACCCCCUGGGACAGGGAGCUCAGAGCAAUAACCCCGCCCCCAGCCC